UCAACCCAUUUCAAUCAUAAAAAUAUUAAUAAAGAAAAAAGAAACUGCUGCUUGCGGCAAGGUAAGGGUUUGGUGGAGGGAUGAGGAUGGAGGAAGAAGAAGAUUGUGAACGCAAGGGCAUAUAGUUCAUGUAAGGGCGUUCAGUCCAAUUACUCUCGACAAAAAAAGAUGCACAGAUUUUACCGGAGAACCAUUUCUCUCUUCAACAAUCCACCAUCUGCAUUACUACUCACGAAAUCGAACAGCCCAUUAACCUUCUUUCUCAGAAAACCGCACUUGUCUCUCUCUCUGUCGCUAAUAAGUUCUCACACGAAUCCCAAUUGCACAACAGAGACUGGAGGUUUUGGGCCUAUUCACCUGAAAACUACUCCGCAUGACUCCACCAAUGAUAGAGACGCCGACGAAUUUUCCGCUGACGUCGAAAAGGUGUACAGGAUUCUAAGGAAAUUCCACACCAGGGUUCCGAAACUCGAGCUUGCUCUGCAGGAAUCCGGUGUCGUUUUACGCUCUGGUCUUCCGGAACGAGUUUUAAGCCGGUGUGGCGAUGCCGGAAACUUGGGUUACCGGUUUUUCGUCUGGGCUUCGAAGCAACCGGGUUACAGGCAUAGUUAUGAAGUGUAUAGAGCUAUGAUUAAAACCUUGGGGAAGAUGAGACAGUUCGGAGCCGUUUGGGCGCUGAUUGAGGAAAUGAGAAAAGAGAAUCCAUACAUGUUAACGCCUGAAGUGUUCAUUGUUUUGAUGAGGAGGUUCGCUUCCGCCAGAAUGGUAAAGAAAGCAGUUGAGGUGCUUGAUGAAAUGCCCAAGUAUGGGUGCGAACCUGAUGAGUACGUAUUUGGGUGUCUUCUUGAUGCUUUGUGUAAAAAUGGCAGUGUUAAAGAAGCAGCUUCGCUAUUUGAAGAUAUGAGAAUUCGGUUUAAUCCCACUCUGAGACAUUUCACAUCAUUGUUGUAUGGUUGGUGCCGAGAAGGCAAGAUUUUGGAGGCGAAGCAUGUAUUGGUCCAAAUAAAGGAAGCUGGUUUUGAGCCGGACAUUGUGGUUUAUAACAAUUUACUUGGUGGGUAUGCUCAAGCAGGGAAAAUGCGGGAUGCUUUUGAUCUGUUGGAGCAAAUGAAGAAAGUGAACUGCGGGCCAAAUGCAGCUUCUUAUACAAUUCUGAUUCAGGCGUUCUGUAAGAUGGAAAAGAUGGACGAGGCAAUGCGUAUUUUGGUCGAAAUGCAAGGGAGGGGAUGCGAGGCAGACGUUGUGACUUAUACAACUCUGAUAAGUGGAUUUUGCAAGUGUGGGAACACAGACAGAGCAUAUGAGAUAUUGGAUAAUAUGAUUCAGAAAGGCCAUGAUCCUAGUCAGUUGAGUUAUUUGUGUAUAAUGAUGGCGCAUGAAAAGAAGGAACAGCUGGAAGAGUGUAUGGAACUCAUGGAAGAAAUGAGGAAGAUUGGUUGCUUACCAGACCUUAACAUAUAUAAUACAGUCAUAAGGUUAGUAUGCAAGUUGGGGGAGCUCAAGGAAGCUGUUCGACUUUGGGGUGAAAUGGAAGCUGGUGGGCUUAAUCCAGGUCUUGACACAUAUAUUGUGAUGGUUCAUGGGUUUCUUAGUCAAGGUUGUCUAAUUGAAGCUUGUGAUUACUUCAAAGAUAUGGUUGAAAGAGGUCUAUUAUCUGCUCCACAGUAUGGUACUUUGAAGGAACUAACAAAUGCUCUUUUGAGAGAUCAAAAGCUUGAAUUGGCAAAAAACAUGUGGAGUUGUAUUACUACUAAAGGAGGUGAACUUAAUGUCAGUGCUUGGACAAUUUGGAUUCACGCACUUUUUUCGAACGGGCAUGUGAAGGAGGCUUGUUCUUACUGCUUGGACAUGAUGGAUGCAGACCUAAUGCCACAGCCGGAUACUUUUGCUAAGCUUAUGCGUGGACUGAAGAAACUUUACAAUAGACAACUAGCUGUAGAGAUCACAGAUAAGGUGAGGAAGAUGGCUGCAGAUAGGAACAUCACUUUCAAGAUGUAUAAGAGGCGAGGGGAGAGAGAUUUAAAAGAGAAAAUCAAGGCCAAAGUAGAUGGAAGGAAAAGAAGAGCACGUAAACGCCGCUGGGGUGGAGUGCACAAAAAGACUAAAUCCCUGUAAUUUAAGAGCCUUGUCUCGAAGAAUGAUUCAUUUUGGGGUUUCUGUAAAAGAUUUGAUUUGUAAUGGUUGGUGCAUCAUUACUGCUUCUACAAUCCUCCGUCCACCAUUUUACUGAAUUGAUGAGAAGUGUUCUUUGGCUUUCU